GGCAACCGUUGUCCGGGUUGGGGACACAUAUGAUGAAGCACAAGCAUAUGCCAAAAAGAGGGCCCAAGACGAAGGACUUACGUUUGUCCCUCCAUUUGAUCACCCUCAUAUAAUCAUGGGAUAGGGCACAGUUGGAAAGGAAAUCAUGAGCCAAGCAAAAUGUGGCGUAAAUGCCAUAUUUGUGCCGGUUGGUGGGGGUGGGCUCAUUGCAGGCAUCGCUGCCUAUGUUAAGAUGGUGACUCCGGACAUGAAGAUAAUACGAGUUGAGCCAAACAACGUGAAUGCCAUGGCUUUGUCUCUGCAUCAUGGGCAUCAUGGUCUGCUGGAUCAAGUCGGGGGUUUUGCAGAUGGCGUGGCUGUUAAAGUGGUCGGGGAAGAAACAUUUUGUCUAUGCAGGCAUCUAAUAGAUGGGGUUCUCUUUGUUACCCGGGACGCCAUUUGUGCCUCAAUAAAGGACAUCUUUGAGGAGAAAAGAAGUAUUCUAGAGCCAGCAGGUGCACUUGCUCUAGCAGGUGCAGAAGCCUACUACAAACAUUACAACCAAAAGGAUCAAAACAUCGUUGUUAUUGCCAGCGGGGCCAACAUGAACUUUGAUAGACUAGGACAAGUUAGAUAUUGGUGGUAGACAAUGUGAGGGAACUUGGUAGUUUUAAGACGUCAUUUUUGAAGAACUUGGAAGUUUCAAAGGUUUUAUCUUUUACUACUCCCUUCGUUUUCAAAAAAGAGUUCUUACUUUGAAAAAGUGGAAAAAUAAUGAAGUGUUAAAUUG